CUUGUUUUCCCUGCAGAUGCUGAUCUCCAAAACUAAAAUCCCAUUGUCAUUUCCUCUUUCAUCAAUCAAAAGGCUCGACCAUUUAACAAAUACAAUGACUUGAAUUCCCACAUCUCUUUUCAGCUCAAUACAUAUCAGGAAGAAAAAUGGGUACUUUUUUAUUACCAAGUUCGGCCAUUGGGAUGCUUCUUCCCCAGUUCCCUGUUGUUUCUUUAGGCAGACCACGUGGACAAUUUCGUUUAGUCUUGGGAGGCUCUUCUAACAGGAAAAGGAAGAAUUUACUGACCGGGCAGUGCGGACCAAGAAUAAUUGCUGCCUCUAAUAAGGGUAAUUUCAAUGACACUUUCACAGAUGAUGAGGAUGGUUUUAAGUCAAGGAGACAUGGAGAAUCGGGGAAGAAGAAAGACGAGUUAACCGAGACAAAACGAGCUCUUUCCGAGGCUAAGGCCAGACAAGAAGCUCUUGAAGAUGAAAAAGAUCAAUUGCUUGAAGAUUUUGCUUCUUCCGAGGUUAGUCAGGAAGAAAACGUGGCUUCCAUUUUGCAUGAGAAGGAAUUGGCUGUUUCCAAACUCGAGUCGGCCAAGUAUCAGCUCCAUAAGAAGCUGCAGGAAUCAGUGGAAGAGAAAUCUGCCUUGGAAUCCAAGUUGGUUCUUGCGAUACAAGACGCCGUCGAACUUGCGGUACAAGUCGAAAAGUUAGCGGAGAUUGCUUUCGAACAGGCGACGUCUGAGGCAUUAGAAGAUGCCAAGCUGAGGGUUUCAGCUGCAGAAACAAUGGCUGCUGAGUCAGCUUUUCAAAUUGAAGACCAAAUAAGAAAGUCGACCGAAGGUACUAUAUCCUCAAUUAUUGAGGAGUCUAGAGAUGCUAUAAAAGGUGCACUUGAUGUGGCAGAAAACGCCAGUGACCAGGCUUCAAAAGCUAUUGCAGCAUUCACUGAUGGUAUAAAUCCCAUUGAUGCUGUUGCUUCUGUUCAAUCCAAGAAUAUUAAGUUACAUGGUGCUGUCAGUGAUUUAGAAGCUCAAUUGUUGUUUUCAAAAACCGAGUCCGACAGAAUGAAACUGGAGUUGCAACAGGCCCAAGAACAAGCACGUGCAGCCGAACUCCGAGCCAGAAAUGCCGAGAAGGAGUUGCUUGAAUUCCAAGAGUUGAGUACGAAAAAGGCUCUUGAGCAGGAAGAGGAGAUUAGGUCUGUGUUGGAGAACAUAAAGAAAGAAGCUGAGGAAAGAAAGAAGGAAUUGUCCAAGGCUUUUAAUGUUGAGAUGGAAAGCAUCAAGGCCGUUGUCGAUGCCGCCAAAGAAACUACGAGUUCAAGAGAAAACGCCUACAUGAGAAGGUGUCAAGCCCUGCAGAGGUCACUGAGUACAUCAGAAAGUGCUUUGAAGACGUGGAUACAAAGAGCAGAGAUGGCACAGUCAUUGUUGUUGAAGGAAAGAUCGGAAAAGGAAGACGACAAAGACAACAUCUAUAUCGCUAAUGGCGGGAGGAUAGACCUUUUAACCGAUGAUGAUUCGCAGAAAUGGAAACUUUUGAGUUGUGGUCCACGUAAGGAGAUACCUCAGUGGAUGGCAAGAAGGAUAUGGAGCAUUCGUACCGAGUUUCCACCUAGAAAGACCGACAUUUCUAAAGCCUUAAAUUCCAAAUUUAAAUCUUUGACAUUGCCCAAACCUAAUGAGGUUUGGUCUAUUGCUCAAGAAAAGCUAAGAGAAGGUGAUAUUCUUGUUGAACAUGUUAUGGAAAAAGAAGUUAUAGAGAAGAAACGGAAAGCUUUGGAACGAGCACUUCAACGAAGGACAGUUCAAUGGCAGAGGACUCUAGACGAAACAAAAUUAGAGCCAGGAACUGGUACAGGAAGAGAAAUUGUGUUUCAAGGUUUCAAUUGGGAAAGUUGGAGAAGGCAGUGGUACCAGGAGUUAGCUCUCAAGGCAGCUGAUUUAUCUCAAUCCGGGAUUACUGCGGUAUGGUUGCCACCACCAACAGAAUCUGUCGCGCCCCAAGGUUAUAUGCCUUCUGAUCUUUACAACUUGAACUCCAAAUAUGGAUCUGUUGAAGACCUGAAAUCGUGCAUAGAGGAAAUGCAUGUUCACGACCUUUUGGUGUUGGGAGAUGUCGUGCUUAACCAUAGAUGCGCGCAUAAACAGAGUCCAAAUGGUGUCUGGAAUAUUUUCGGCGGCAAGCUUGCUUGGGGGCCGGAAGCUAUUGUUUGCGAUGAUCCGAAUUUCCAGGGGCGUGGAAAUCCUUCAAGUGGUGAUAUCUUCCAUGCGGCACCAAAUGUUGAUCAUUCGCAGGACUUUGUGCGAAGAGAUAUAAAGGAAUGGUUGAACUGGCUCCGUAACGAGAUUGGUUACGACGGUUGGCGGCUUGACUUUGUGAGAGGCUUCUCUGGUACAUUUGUGAAAGAAUAUAUAGAAACUUCACAUCCUGCAUUUGCUAUAGGAGAAUAUUGGGACAGUAUGGCAUAUGAAAACGGUAACUUGUCAUACAAUCAAGAUGCUCAUCGGCAAAGGAUAGUCAACUGGAUCAAUGCUACCGGUGGUACUUCCUCGGCUUUCGAUGUCACGACAAAGGGGAUACUCCACUCUGCUUUACACGGCCAAUAUUGGAGACUGAUAGAUCCUCAAGGAAAACCAACAGGAGUAAUGGGAUGGUGGCCUUCACGUGCUUGUACAUUUAUCGAGAACCACGACACCGGGUCUACCCAGGGUCACUGGCCUUUUCCCCGUGAUAAGCUUGCACAAGGAUAUGCUUACAUCCUGACGCAUCCCGGAACUCCUGUAAUCUUUUAUGACCACUUAUAUGAAUUCGGCAUGCACGAUAUCAUGACGGAAUUAAUAGAAGCUCGAAGACGAGCCGGGAUCCACUGCCGAAGUCCUGUCAAAAUUUACCACGCCAAUAACGAAGGUUAUGUCGCUCGGGUUGGCGAUACCCUAGUGAUGAAACUAGGGUAUUUCAAUUGGAAUCCUUCCAAGGAAAAUCAGUUGGAUGGUAGCUGGCAGAAGUUCAUUGACAAAAGAUCAGAUUAUCAGAAACAAGUCUUUGUCUGCGCCAACGAUGACGAUGAUGAUAUCGGCUUCGGAAACCGCAACAUAAAACCUCGGACAAUGACUGGAAACUGUUGCUGGCUUGCUGCAGCAUUAGUGAUACAGCAAAGAUGA